CUAACUUCUAAUUAAGCGUGAACCCAAGAGAAUCACAAAAUUAAUUGUUGAAACUUCAUAUGAUAAAUUUUUUUUUAACAUUUGAUUUAAAUUAUUCCAAUCACAAAUUAGCUAUCGAAGGGUCUGAAUACGGUGGCUCUCACCGUCAGUCAGCAACACCGUACUCCGUUCUCCGUCUCCGUCUCCGUCUCCAUCUCCAUUACCGGUGAAAAUCUGUACAACUACAAUCGGUCCCAUCUCCUUGUGGUUCGCGUAUUAUCGGGUUUCCGUUUGUAACUCCGGCUCGAUAUUUGAACUUCGUUUGAGAUUUUUUUUAGGUUGUCCUGCUUUGACUCGACGCAGAGUUGAAUAUAUUGAAAUUGGCUAUCAAAGUGUUCAUCAUGGCAACUCAGCUUCAACCAAGAGUAAUAGGCAUUCCCAGAAAUCAAGGUUUGUUCGAUGUAAAAGUAUACACUACAAAUAGAGCACGACUGAGGACUUCCUCCAGGAACAGAUUUAUGUGCACAUUAAAUCAGUCAGCACAUGUCUCGGCUCAAACAGAGCAAAGAGAAAGUAGGAGUUUGGUCAAAAUGUGUGGGAUUACAUCAGCUAGAGAUGCUGCUCUUGCAGCAGAAGCGGGAGCCAAUUUUAUUGGUAUGAUCAUAUGGCCUAACUCAAAACGUUCAGUUUCACUUUCCACUGCAAAGGAAAUCUCGAAGGUUGCGCGGGAAUAUGGAGCUCAGCCAGUUGGUGUGUUUGUAGAUGAUAAUGCUGACACAAUACUAAGGGCCUCUGAUGCAGCAGACCUUGAAUUAGUGCAGCUUCAUGGAAAUGGAUCUCGAGAUGCUUUUCCAGUUUUAGUCGGAGAGAAACGUUUAGUAUAUGUUCUUCAUGUUAAUGAAGAAGGAGGCCUUAUUAACUCUGUUUCAGAUGAGGAGUCUUCUCUGGUUGAUUGGAUUCUAGUGGACAGUGCCAAAGGUGGCAGUGGCAAAGGGUUCAAUUGGGCUCAGUUUAAGCUACCAUCAAUUAGAAGCAAACAUGGAUGGCUCUUGGCUGGAGGAAUUAACCCGGAGAAUGUUUGUGAAGCUCUUUCUGCUCUUAAACCCAAUGGAGUGGAUGUCAGUAGUGGCAUAUGUGGACAGGAUGGCAUCGAAAAGGAUGAGUCCCGGAUAGUAUCAUUCAUGAAUGAAGUGAAAUCUUUACGCCUUUAGUUAAAUACUGAAUAAUGGCAAAUUCCCUAGUGCAUGCAAAUUGUUAAAUCAACUGCAAUAUUAGUGCUUGCUGAUCCUCCUGUAAUUGCUCAGCUGAUUAGUGCAAAGCCAGGACUUAUAUCUCCAUGAGAGAUGCAUCAAGUUUGUAUUUGAAAAUCAAGUAACAUUACAUACAUUCCUUGUGUAAUGGAAUCAAAGUAUUUUGUCAUGUCA